UUAUAAGAUUAUUCUCUAAGUACCAAUUUAAUAUCCCUUGUGAGUAGUGUGUGUUCAGUUCUAUGACAAAGAGCAAGAGAGUCCUCAUCUCUCUUAUCCUGAGGCUGCUGGCCUUUGGGGCAACUGUGGCAGCAGUGGUGGUUAUGGUGACAAGCCAUGACUCUGCUCAGGUCCUCAACCUAACCUUCACUGCAAAAUAUAGCAACGAACCUGCUUUCAAGUACUUUGUGAUAGCAGAAGGCAUAGCAAGUGCAUACAGCCUCAUUGUUCUCUUCACAUAUUCCCAAAAUUCACUUAGGCGUUUGCUUCUCAUCUUAGAUUUGGUGAUAGCAAUGUUACUGUCUUCGAGCAUUUCAGCAGCAGUGGCAAUAGCUCAUGUGGGGAAGAAAGGCAACAAUCAUGCAGGGUGGCUACCUAUCUGUGGACAAGUUCCUAAAUUUUGUGACCAUGUCAGUGGAGCUCUCGUUGCCGGUUUUAUUGCAGCUAUAUUGUACUUAUUAAUCGUGUUAUCUUCUAUGCACUUUAUACUUAACCCUCUCUUCCUGUAAAACUAUCCCUUUCACGGGAAAAUGUUAGGUCAACAAAAAAAUUACAAGUUGAUAA